CCAGGAAGUGUAGUUCAACAUUCCGCAUGCAUAUUCAUCGUAAGGAAGCAAAAAACCACAUUUCCCUAGGUGGAACCAGAUAAAGCUUCCGAUCAAGGAUCUGGGAAAGCAGAAGUCAGACGAGAAGAUUAACGUUAACAGUUGUUUUAAUGUUGAAAACACAUCGUUUUGAAGACUGCUGAGCAUCGCAGUGAACCCCUGACCAGCUGUCCUCCCUGACCCUGUCCACAACCAUGGCGAUCCUGUUUGCAGUGGUUGCCCGCGGCAGCACCAUCCUGGCGAAGCAUGCGUGGUGUGGCGGUAAUUUCCUGGAGGUGACAGAACAGAUCCUAGCUAAGAUACCAUCCGAGAACAACAAGCUCACCUACAGCCAUGGCAGCUAUCUCUUCCACUACAUCUGCCAUGACAGAAUCAUAUAUCUCUGUAUCACUGACGACGACUUUGAGCGGUCACGUGCGUUCAGCUUCCUGGGAGAGGUGAAGAAGCGUUUCCAGACGACCUAUGGUUCCAGAGCUCAGACAGCCCUUCCCUACGCAAUGAACUCAGAGUUCUCCUCUACUCUGAUGGCUCAGAUGAAGCACCAUUCCUCUCCUCCAUCAGAUCGCCUGGCUGAGACUCAGAUGCAGGUUGACGACCUGAAAGGCAUCAUGGUACGCAACAUCGACUUGGUGGCUCAGAGGGGAGAGAAGUUGGAGUUGCUGAUUGAUAAAACGGAGAACCUGGUCGGCUCAUCUGUGAGUUUUAAGACCACCAGCCGUAACCUGGCCAGAGCCAUGUGUAUGAAGAACCUCAAACUGACUGUCGUCGUAGUGGUGGUGUCACUGGUGGUCCUGUAUGUAGUUGUGUCUGCAGCCUGCGGAGGACUCAGCUGGCCCAACUGCAUCAGGAAAUAAGAGAGGGGGAGGACGAGAAGAGAGCGGGAGGACGAGGAGAGAGGGGGAGGAAAAGAGGGAGCAAGAGAAGACGACAGCGGACCCACAAAGAAAGAAAUCGCUCUCCUCCUCCUCCCUCUUGUCUUCCAGUCAGCAGGGAGGAGAGGUCCUCUAUUGGACAGAAUGGUGACACAACAAGGCAUCCAGACAGUGGGAGAUUUAACAACGUUGUGAUUGUCUUGCUUUCUGUUCCUUAACAAGAGAAUGAGGUGUGUUUAUCUGUCCAAAGACAAGCGAUUGUUGGAUAUGCAGCUUUAAAAUAUUGUGCAAGUGGAAUUCAGUCCACUGUCCAGUCCAGCUGUCCUCCAUACUGUUCUCCAGUCCAUGGCCCUCUCAUCCAGGGCUCUACAAGCCUAACAAACAGCUGUUCUCCAGUCCAUGGCCCUCUCAUCCAGGGCUCUACAAGCCUAACAAACAGCUGUUCUCCAGUCCAUGGCCCUCUCAUCCAGGGCUCUACAAGCCUAACAAACAGCUGUUCUCCAGUCCAUGGCCCUCUCAUCCAGGGCUGUACAAGCCUAGCAAACAGCUGUUCUCCAGUCCAUGGCCCUCUCAUCCAUGGCUCUACAAGCCUAGAAAACAGACUGAUAAUCUGGAGCAGGGUUUACCAAAUGUUUUUACCCUGGGGCCCCCUUCCAGCAUUGGAGAACAUCCUACGCCUCCCCCGGCAUGCGCACCGUGUCUAUUCCUAUUGGUACAGCACUGUUCAUGCCCCACUGUUCACAGCCCUCUUGUUGGUGGAGAGGACAUGUUGCUAAGCUUAUUUCACGUUCACAGCCCUCUUGUUGGUGGAGAGGACAUGUUGCAGGUUGUUAAGCUUAUUUCCUGUAAUUGAACACAUUUUGUCAUGGGGUGCAAAAUAAAUGUUUCAGUUUUAAAGCAACAUUCUUUGCAAUUCUAUACAUUUUUGCCAUGUCUAAUGUGUAUUGGGCAAAAAAAAAAACUAAAUUAAAAGAUGUUAGCUGACAUGGCUAGCUGAUCUGGACAUGUCUGACCAGUAUUUAACAUCUCUGUAGGGUCGUUAGCUGAUCUGGACAUGUCUGACCAGUAUUUAACAUCUCUGUAGGGUCGUUAGCUGAUCUGGACAUGUCUGACCAGUAUUUAACAUCUCUGUAGGGUCGUUAGCUGAUCUGGACAUGUCUGACCAGUAUUUAACAUCUCUGUAAGGUCGUUAGCUGAUCUGGACAUGUCUGACCAGUAUUUAACAUCUCUGUAGGGUCGUUAGCUGAUCUGGACAUGUCUGACCAGUAUUUAACAUCUCUGUAAGGUCGUUAGCUGACAUGACAAGAGGAACUGAUGAUGUACUACCCAAUUAGAUACCUUGUGGGUUCUACUAUUGCAACUUUCAAGAGAAAGUUUAAAGACGCACGGGGGGGGCAUGGGAACCACUGCUGUCUCUGUGUAGCUGUCUGUCUCUGUGUAGAUGUCUGUCUCUGUGUAGCUACCCUGUCAGGGUCAGUCUGUACCCAGACAGAGACAUUUAUGUGUCUGUCUCUGUGUAGCUACCCAGUCAGUGCUAGUGAUACUAAACUACACCUGUAAUGUAAUGUCUGAUGUAAUGUCACCUGUAAUGACAUGGUACAUUACAAGUGUAUCUCCCCUGUUCUAUACACACUCUGCUGUGAUGGCUUGUUUAGUUAUUGUCCAGACACAGUUACAAUGUCUCUCUGUUCAGUUGUUACAAGAAAUUAGAUUAAAAAAAGAUUGAUUGCACUAACGAGUCUGAUGUUACAAAUCAAUAGACAGUAUUUAAUGACAUUAAAUAACCAUAUCCCUCUUCUCUGAUAUGCUACUCCUUCCCCUCUGCUAUGAUAGGCUGACCCUUCCCUUACUCUGAUAGAGCGCUUCAGCUCAGGCUCUCGUCCACAGCCUCCUUUCUGGUUCAGCCCCCUGGCCUUGACUCAGGACUACGGUACUAUAGUUUUGCUCUUGUAGUACUGCAGUAGUACUGUACAGAGCUGAGCUUGACAGUGGGACCUGGCACGCAGUUGGAAAGGCUUAACGUACUGAUAGAAAUGUCUUGAAUAGAACAGACAUGCUUCAUUACUCUACAUGUCAGAGAAGCAUGCCUGUUCUACAGUGCAUUCAGAAAGUAUUCAGACCCCUUGACUAUGUCCACAUUUUGUUACGUUACAGCCUUAUUCUAAAAUGGAUUCAAUUGUUGUUUUCCCCUCAAACUACACACAAUACCCCAUAAUGACACAAUACCCCAUAAUGACACAAUACCCCUUAACGACUCGAUACCCCAUAAUGACUCAAUACCCCAUAAUGACCCAAUACCCCAUAAUGAUGAUUUCUAAAAUAAAAAAAUAGAUCACAUUUACAUAAGUAUUCAGACCCUUUACUCAGUACUUUGUUGAAGCACCUUUGGCAGCGAUUACAACCUUAAGUUUUCUUGUGUAUGACUCUACAAGCUUGGCACGCCUGUAUUUGGGGAGUUUCUCUCAAUCUUCUCUGCAGAUCCUCUCAAGCUCUGUCAGGUUGGACGGGGAGCGUUGCUGCACAGCUAUUUUCAGGUCUCUCCAGAGAUGGGCCACUCCAGGACAUUCAGAGACUUGUCCCAAAGCCACUCCUGCAUUGUCUUGGCUGUGUGCUUAGUGUCAAUGUCCUGUUGGAAGGUGAACCUUCACCCCACUGAAGUCCUGAGCGCUCUGGAGCAGGUUUUCAUCAAUGAGAUCUCUGUACUUUGCUCCGUUCAUCUUUCAAUCGAUCCUGAUUAGUCUCCCAGUCCCUGCUGCUGAAAAACAUCCCCACAGCAUGAUGCUGCUACCACCACCAUGCUUCACCGUAGGGAUUCAGGCCUUGGCAUACAGGCCAAAUAGUUCAAUUUUGGUUUCAUCAGACCAGAGAACCUUGUUUCUUAUUGCCAGAGUCCUUUAGGUGCCUUUUUGCAAACUCCAAGCAGGCUGUCAUGUGCCUUUUACUGAGGAGUGGCUUCCAUCUGGCCACUCUACCAUAAAGGUCUGAUUGGUGGAGUGCUGCAGAGCUGGUUGUCUUUCUGGAAGGUUCUCCCAUCUCCACAGAGGAACUCUGGAGCUCUGUCAGAGGGACCAUCCUCGCUUACCAAGUCCCUUCUCUCCCGAUUGCUCAGUUUGGCCAGGCUGCCAGGUCUGGGAAGAAUCUCGGUGUUUCCAAACUUCUUCCAUUUAAGAAUGAUGGAGGCCACUGUGUUCUUGGGGACCUUCAAUGCUGCAGACAUUUUUUGGUACCCUUCCCCAGAUCUGUGCCUCGACACAAUCCUGUCUCGGAACUCAACGACAAUUCCUUCGACCUCAUGACUUGGUUUUUGCUCUGACAUGCACUGUCAACUGUGGGACCUUUAUAUAGACAGGUGUGUGCCUUUCCAAAUCAUGUCCAAUCAAUUGAAUUUACCACAGGUGGACUACCACAGUUGUAGAAACAUCGAUGAUCAAUGGAAACAGGAUGCACCUGAAUGUGGAGUCUUUGCAUAGGAAAGGGUCUGAAUACUUUAUGUAAAUGUGAUGUUUUAUUAUUUGUAAAUUGUUUAGCAAAUAUAUGUCACUAUGGGGUAAUGUGUGUAGGUUGAGGACAUUUUAAUUAUUUUUUUUAAUCCAUUUUAGAAUAAGGCAACAUGUGGAAAAAGGGAAGGGGUCUGAAUACUCCCUGAAUGACCCCCUGAUCUCCUGUCACCUCUGAACCCUGACCACCUCUGAUUCACCUCCACCGUUUGUGUCUUUCAGUUAAUCAUAUACAUUAUAAUGUAAUGCACUGUGACAUGGUUUGUUUGCUUCCUGCCAACAUAUGGUUUAUAAUCAUGGAAUUAUUCAAUUAUUCUACAUCCAAAUUUGGAUCUGCAGAUGAAAAUUAGCCAGCUGGCUAAAACCAGCACUUUUACUGAAACGUUGAUUAAUGUGCACUGUCCCUGUAAAUAUACAAAUAAACUCAACAUAAUAAACUCAUUCUUCUGC